UCCAUUUAUAUUUCGGGAAUUUACCCCUCUUUAGAAUCAUUUCUAGACAUUGAUUUAACUGUCACUGACGGUAAAGGAUAACAGUUAUACAAAUCAAAGGAAUUCCGGGAUAAUGCUGGUCGCGAAUAUUAGAAUGUGAGUGAAAUGAAGUUGUCACGUGACCGGCACUAAGGUAAACAACUGCGAGAUGGAGAGGGGAAAGUAAUAGAAUUGAUAGUGGAAACUAGUUCGACCGCUGCAAACGAGAUCUGAUGUCAUAGUCCAUAAUCAUGGUGAAACAAGUGGGCCUGCUCCCAGCUGGCUGUCAGCCCUGGAACCAUGAUGUGGUGGCAGCGAGUGGGGACCGAUUUGUAUAUUGUGCCACGCUGGCUAUCUAUGUCUACCAGCUGGACAAAAAGUUUCGGGAGUUCAAGUUGGUAUCAAUUAUGUCUGAACACAAGAAGACAAUUACAGCCAUUGCUUUUAAUCCUUCAAAUAAAGAUGUACUGGCCAGCUGUAGUGCUGACAACAGGGUCAUUGUGUGGGACUGUGACCAACAGCAGAUAAUAGCCCAGCUGGAAAAUACCAGAGACAUACCUAUAGGCAUAGGCUGGUGCUUCCAUGGCAACGAAACAGUAACAUUUACCUCAAGGCGGGGACAGUUCUUUAAGUGGCAUUACAAGAACCCAACAACUAAAUUAGCAACUGUGAAAGAAGUUACGGGAUUCUCUUCCGACGUGUUCAUCUUUAGAUGGCAUCCCAAAAACACCAGUAAAAUAGUUGUGGGCCACAGAAAUGGCACUCUCUCUCUCUGUUAUGUUGGAGGUAAGUGUCACAAACAUGUGUGUCCCCCUGACGAAGACUCCGAUACAGAGGAGGACGACCCUGUGACAGCCCUGGAGUGGGACCCCUUGUCCUCUGACUACCUUAUCGUUGCCAACACCUUUGGCACCAUUCGACUCAUCGACUCUAAUUCACUCACUAUCAUUAUUCGUUUUGUCAUGCCCAGUGUGGCCACCCAGGUGUCAUCACUGUCCUGGAUAGACAGUGCACCAGGAAUGUUUGUAACCGGGGAUACUAAAACUGGUGUUCUCAGAGUAUGGAAUGUGUCAAGGUCGUCGCCAUUGGAAACAAUCAGGCUGAAGCAGACUGGUGUACACGCUUUACAGGCAGUAUGCUCCACGGUUAUAAACGACCAAUCAGAAUUGUUGAGUCUUUCGUCCAAUCCGUCAUCCAAAAGCCUAGCCCAACCCCCUUCAGCCAUCAACAGCGCACAGUUUGCCCUUCCACCUGCAAAGAUUCUUUGUACAUUUUUGGAUGGAGGGGUUGGACUUUAUGACCUUGGACGACGCAAAUGGAUAUUUCUGAGAGAGGAAGGACAUAUAGAGACUAUCUUUGACUGUAAAUUCCAACCUGACAACUCAGACCAUUUAGCCACUGCAAGCUUUGAUGGGACAAUCAAGGUUUGGAAUGUGAACACACUCACUACUGUGCAUGUCUCCCCUGGUAAUGAGGGUGUUAUCUACUCCCUGUCCUGGGCUCCUGCAGAUCUCCAUUGUAUCGUGGCCAGUACUGCCAAGAACGGACUGUUUGUGUGGGACACUGACAAGGGCAAGAUCAUUAAACGCUUCACAGAGCACAUGAAGGGGGCAGUAUACACAGUGGCCUGGUGUCAGAAGGACUCCAAGAGGAUCGCGUCGGUGGGCGCCGAUGGCUACUGCAUAGUUCGUCUCAUCAGUGGAGAGGUCUUACAGAAGUACAAACACCCAGGCCCAGUAUAUGGAUGUGAUUGGUCCUCUACUAAUAAAGACAUGCUAGCUACUGGCUGUGAAGACAUGUGUGUGCGAGUAUUUUACAUUGUGGCUUCCUCUGAUCAGCCUAUAAAAACAUUUAAAGGACAUACAUCAAAAGUUUUCCAUGUGAAGUGGUCUCCCCUGAGAGAGGGUAUCCUGUGUAGUGGAUCUAAUGACUCAAUGAUCCGAGUGUGGGACUACACCCAGGAUACUUGUAUUUGUGUACUGAAAGGCCACGAGGCACCAAUCAGAGGCCUACUUUGGAACUCUGAGGUGCCGUACCUACUUGUGUCAGGGUCGUGGGAUAGUAAUAUUCGUGUUUGGGAUGUGAGGGACGGCGCAUGUGUGGACACCAUGAUGGACCACGGUGCAGACGUCUAUGGGUUAGCAUGUCAUCCUGAGAGGCCGUUCCUAUUAGCGUCCACUUCGAGGGAUUCCACACUACGACUGUGGUCACUUAAUUCAUUAGUACAACCCAUAGAAAUGAACAUCAUUGCUGAAAAGCCCUGGUCAGAUAUUAUUGGUACAGUGGAAGCCGCCAUGGAUGUGAGUAACCCGCCAUUAUUGGCAGGACGCGUGUCUAAGGGUAUCAAACUUGAGCUGGAACAACCCAAUGUUAAGGGAAAUGUGGCUGACAAAAAACUUCAGCUCUUUUCAAAGUUCUUUAGUCAACCCUGUGGCACCAAAAACCUUUGGGAGCUGGUGUCUGUAGUGAAAGGCAUGGAUGAUACCUUUCUCUCUCAACAUUACAGUAAAGGCAUCAUGCACUGUAAACAUCUCCUCAAGUUCAAAAUGUCAGAAGCCCAGGAACUGGAAAUGGUGAAGAUGUCCAAGGCUGGGGCCCUGGGUUCAUCUGUAAAGGAGGAGAAAAUCCGCAGAGCAGCUCAGCUCCAUAUACAAGUCGGCAAUAUACAACGAUACUGUGAACUCAUGGCAGAACUAGGGGAGUGGGAGAAAGCUCUGUCGGUAGCACCUGGUGUUUCUAUGGAAUACUGGCACUCUCUAGCCAAACGACAUACUGCCUACCUACUGAGGGAUGACAAGGAGGAUGUGAUCGUCUACAGUAUGGCUACGGGAGACAUGGAGACACUCGUCAACUACUUCACAUCUCAGGGCCAGGCCACAGAAGCCAUGCUCGCCUCCCAAGUGGCCUGUGAGGGUCUACAGCCACACCCGCCCCCCACAGGCCGGGCUAAGUGUAACGGUACCACAGAGCCCAGUACUACAGAUGUUGAUUUAUUGAAACAGAGUGUACAACAUUUAUCAAAAUGGUAUUUUAACAACGGAUUCACAGUGCUUGCAGCCUGCUGUCAUCUAGCCAUAAAUGAUUGUGAGAGUGCUGUUUGGAGGUUAAUCCAAGGUCACGAGCUGGAGCUUGCAGUUUCCGUUGGAACUAUCCUGGGAAACACACCAAAACAGACAAACCUAGCGAUAGAGUACCUGUCACGACGAUGUGAACAUUUGUGUAAAUGGGAUUUAGCUGUUGAUAUGCUCAAGCUUCUUCCCGACCCUGAUCUACUUCUUGCCAAAUGCUGUGCAAGAUGUGCUGCUAGUAUGGACGAGAUCAAUCUGCUUCACACCAGGGCAGGCCUACCAUCCCUUGAUGAGUGUACACACCAGGCAGAGACACUGAAGCUCAAGUGUGAACCAUUCCAAUGUGUCAAGUACUACCUACUGUCUACUACACCAGAGGUCGGGUUGGAAGUCGGGCUACAGGAGGUCAAAGGAGUGAUGUCAAAGUCGCGGUGGACAGUGGAUGCAGUGUUCCCAAUGUUACAGCUGUUGGGCUGUAUCCGCUCAGACAAGCUCCAGCAACACAAGCUGGAAACACUUAGAUUUGAGCUGUUGUGUCUGUCAGCCUAUACAGGAGCCCUGAUGGCCAUUAAAAGAGGCUACAACUCUAUUGUUGCUUUCCUGUUGGCACAUGCAAGAGAUCUACUACAAAAGACUGAGCUUAACCUGUCCAUUAAUGACACCAGUAUAAACGAUGAGCUAACAGCCUGGAGAAGUGUGGAGAAAUACAGAGACAACAGAGGUGGCCUUGACCUGCAGGCAACAGCUGUGUCCCCGGAGAUGAUGGAUGUUUAUCAGCGAUUAACGGAUCGAGCAGGAGUAGACGAGGAACUUCGUCGUCUGGGUCCCGACUGUAUGGCUAGCUCUAAUCUACCCACCCACUCUGACAUACACGUCUCCUGUAUCUCAGGACAACGAACUUUGGGUCUGGCUUUCUUCUUGGAAGAUGGAAGAUCAGCAGUGUCCCCUAAUGAGGCACUGAUGUGGGUCAAGGUCAACCCGUUUACACCACUUGGAUCAGCUCUCAGGAUAAACCCCUUCUGACCUGAUGUACUGAGCCUGUCUGUGAUCACAAAGCAUGUACAGAUGAAGUAGACUUGGCCAUGUGGAAUCGAACCACUUUCUUGUUGCUGUUAUUAUCUAUUCUAAGUUAACUUUAAAAGAAAAAUGAAUUCACCCAGAGAAAACCAUUGAUCUCGCAUUGAUAAUUACCGUUUACACUUUACACCCAGUGAUUGUGCUUUGAAAUGUAUUAUGGCAUUCACUUUACACCCUGUGAUCAUGCAUUGAUAAUUAGUAUGGUGUACACUUUACACCCAGUGCUCACACUUGAUACAUAUCAUUAUGUACACUGUAUACCCAGUGAUCUUGCAUUGAUAUAAUAAUUAUUUACCGUUACGGUUUACACUUUACACCCUGUGAUCAUGCAUGGUACUUCUAAAAUGUGCUUUGAUAUUUGUUGUUGUGUACACUUUAAUACACAUGAUGAUCCUCAAAAUUCCAUUGGUUAUACUCACUUACUUUCGUCUGCACCCCUGGUUUAUGUCAUGAUGAAAUCAGAGGCUCUGUUUGUGCCACCUUGUGGAUGUUACAAUAGGUCUAGUUUGAUCCCUUUGAUGUACAUUGUUUUUAACUUAAUUUGAAACCAAUUAAACAGUUAACCACAUGCCUUUGAUUUUGUCGUGACAAAUUCCAGGGGUGAGUAUAUUCCCUGAAAACUUAACCCUUUCACCCCUAUGCAACUUUAAUAGACUCUACCAUGCAUUGAUCCGGAUGAGUCCAUUCUGGUCUACAGUGUUGAAAGGGUUAAAGGAUGACUUUAAACACAAUGAUUUUGCAUUGAUACUUGUUAUGGUGUACACUUUACACCCAUAGGAUGUGUAACACUUUACACCCAGUGACAUUAGAGUUUGUAGCACUUAGAAAUUGCAUCUGUGAAGUCCAAAGGUUCCACUAUUAAUACACACAUCUUCUCUGCACUCUUGAAAUAUGUCUGCCAUGGACAAAAUCAAGGCUUGCAGCUGGCUAUUUCAUUUAUUUUAGGUAUAAAAAUAUUAUCUGACCAAUUGCUUGGCUGAUGCCUGUUCCUUGAAGAUCACAGCUGAGAGCUACACCCAACUUCAAAACUUGCCCAUUUUACCUCCAUGCUUCACCUUAAGGUGCAGAGCCUUCAGAUUCGUCAUGACAUAUUCCAAGGGCGUAGAAAAGAUAUCACAUCGAGUCGGUGUAUCCUUGGAUUUCAAAGAUGUUAGAAUUGUUGUAGCUAUUUGUUGUGCAUAAUAUUGAAUAAUGGUCCUAAUUACAGGGUAUAUAUUGAUUAUGUUAAUUAUUUUUUUACCUUGUUUUCCGCAGAGCUUUCAAUUGAUAUUUUUAAAUUUAGUUACAGUCUUAUGGCCUCUGUAAAAUAUGUAAAUUAUGGAUACAUAAUCAGGUUUGCUCCAUUUAAUAUACAUUGUACUAUCAAACUUUGUAAUAUUAUGAAAUACUAACACGCUAAUGCAUACUUGUACUAACACAUAUAUGGGUUAAUUUAAAACAUUGCUCUUACCCACAGUAAUAAAAAACCUUUUGAUUGUGCUAGAUUAAAAGGUUCCAGAGAAUUCAUGACAAAGCUGGUCUCCUGUAGAAUCUAUAUUACCAUGAAUCUGAUAUCCCAACCUCGUUUUUACCAUUUAAAAAGUGGUACUCUCAGCAUCUUGCUCCUGGUUCACGUUCAGUUGGUUCAUUGCAUAUAUCAGCUAAAUAAUGUGGGGUGUUUUGUCAAAUGGGGGUCAUUGUCAAUACUUCGACUAUUUUAAUAAUCUUCCACAUAAUUUGAAAGAUUGGCAAAUUUUAUGCUUGUCAAUUGUAAUAGUUACUUCUAAAAACAAAAGCAUUGACAACUUCGAAAGGAACUCAAAGUAGUAACAAAUGACUGGCAACAUGCAUUCUCCAAUUGAUAAUAAGAGCUUAGAAACACCCAGAGAUCUGUUAUAGCCAAUUACCUGUUACUUCUGUACUAUAUCCACUGUAUAUUGUUAUUGUAAAUCAUUCUUUAAUGUGUUUGUUAUUGUCAAAGUUAAUGGUGCUUAAGGAUGUAUUACACCUAUAUAUUAUUCUGGUUCCUUUUAUUUGAAUAGGAGUUAUCUCCCUUUAAAAAAAUCUUAUCUGAUAUAAAUACAGAAUUACCUGGUAUUAUAUAUCAUACAGUCCAUGCAGUCUUUUUAGCAUUUUUUUUAACUACAUGUAUUUAAUUUACUAAAUAAAGUUCCAAAUUGGUUUCAUACAGAUUUGUUAAAGUGGAGCCCUUUCAGACAGGAGGUGCCUUGUUACAGUAUGAGAUAACAUAUCUCCUUGAUCGGGAACGAAUCAAGCCUGAAUUCAUACCGUCCAUUUCUAGGUUAUGGACAUUCCUUCAUGAAUACUUUGUAUCUACUUAUACUAAUAAUCAAGGUCACCGAAUUAUUGGGAGCAAAUCCUUUUUUAUUUCAUUCCGUCCAUUUCUGUGUGAAGAAUCUCAAACCGUUCAUCCACGAUAAUAACAUACAAUUUAUCUCAUUAUAAUAUUAUCCUAAUAAGUUACAAUUUAUCUCAUUAUAAUAUAAUCCUAAUAAGUUACAAUUUAUCUCAUUAUAAUAUUAUCCUAAUAAGAAAUUUAAACUCUUGAUUGUCCAACAGAUAGUUUUUGUUUGUUUAUCAUUAUAAUAUAAUCCUAACAAGAAUACUUACAGAUAGUUUUUGUUCUGGCUUGUUAGGUUACACUGCAUAGAUAAAUUUGUAGCUAUGGGGAAUAUCUGAUGCAUGGCAACAUGCAUAUGCCUUUGUUCUUGCAUUAGUCUAGUGAUUUGGAAAUGAAUCUCCUAUGAAAACAACAACAACAGUGAAACAUUAUUAUGAACUCCAGGAAACUUAAAUUUGAUUAUGUCAUGUAAUAUGGCAGUUCAAAAUUGUCUGUUUAUUUCAUUUCCUUAUAAUUAUUGGGUCCAAAUAGACGUUAAAGAUGAAGUGUACACGAAUAUUGAUAGAGACUUUUAUGGGUGAAAGGUAGUUUGAAUAAUAAAUAGAAAGGUUGUAUACAGGUAAAGUAAGGUUAUGAGGGAUAUAGCAAGUUUCUGGUUCCCCGCGACCAGGGCUAUUUCCCGAGGCGAAGGAUAAUACCCCCUAUAAAUCAAUAUAAUAUCAAUACAUCAAAAACAUACUCCUUCUUUCUAAUUUAGCAUGUAUAACAGUCUGUUAUACAUGCUAAAGUAGAAAGAAGGAGUAUGUUUUUGAUGUAUGGAUAUAUUGAUGUAUACCCGGUAUGUAAUGAAUGACUGCCCCAUUGUCUCAGAAUAUGCUACCGGCAUAUAGAUGUUGUUUCUUUUAAUUGGGUAGGGGGUUAUUAUCAUGGAUGAACAGAACAGGCGUAAGGAAUGAGUUACUUAUAUGUCAAUAAUGAACCCAAGACGUUAGUUCUAAAACCCAGGAGACUUACUAGUAAUUAACUCUAACUAGUACUUUACAGGCAUUAUUCUUUAUAGGGUUUAACAUUCAUGAGAUAAUUCUGUGCCUGGGGACAUAAAUAGGAAAUAUAUAAAUUCACAGGAAUUUCAUAGAAAAAUAGUUGGACAGUACACAGUAACCAACGUCUUUUAUUUCACAGGGUGCAUAUUUUUUUGUUUGUUCAAAACGAAAGGCAAACAUUCCUAAUAGAUUAAUUCCCACAUACAUUUUUUCAUCACAUUCGCCUAUUCAAAUCCUGCCAAACAAGUCAUUCAAUGUGAAAUCAAGAGAACAUUUGAAAUUUAUUGAUAGUGCAUGUAUAUACAGUAGUCCUGAACAUGAUUCUUAUAAUCCAAGUACCGGUACAUGUAGAAUGAGUGUAUUUUUUGUGUAGGUUACUUAAUGCUAUGCCUACCUCAUUAGCUGAUGAUUUCAGCGAGCACAGAUCAAUAGUGUUACCUGCCAUGUCUGGGAGUUGCGUCAUUCUAAUGUAACGUCACGCUACCACAAUUAGUACACUACCCAAAUUGGUACACGGUCAGAAAAUGGUUUGAAUAGUACUUUAAAAUUGAAUCUCGGCCAGUAUAACAAAAGAGAUAUUUAUCAGCAUUUCCACCGAAUAGUUUUGUUUUCAUGAACAAUUUAAGAGUACACGUUGAUUUCAAAGUGAAUAUAGCAGAAAACCACUACAAACGACGUAUGUCAACGAAGUUUUGGAGGAUUUUGAGGGGGUUUAUUAUCAGCAUGUUUAAAUGUUGAUUUCUGGGUUUUCAUAACCAGAUAAAUAUGAAAGUGUAUAUAUGCAAUUGUAGUU